UUAUACCGCCAACAUUUCUUUGUAACUGGAAGCUUGUAUCAAGACAGAUAUAUUAGUUUUUAAAUAGCCUGCAAUAUUGGCGUUAUUCGUGUGAUCUUAUAAUUGAAAAGAUUGUCGGAAGAUUUUCGAUUAAAAAAAAUCAAUAAUUUCUUGUGAAAACGUACCGAAACAAAAUGAAUGAGCCAAUUUAUGAGCGUAUUGCUAACUCUUCUCUAUCUCAACAUGUUGGAAAACCUGUUACCUUACUCGGUGAAUUUGAUCAGUUGGAGCCUAAUGGCAGAAUGUUUACAAUGAAAACUUCACCAAAUAGCACUGUGACUAUACAACUUCAAGAACCUGUUCAAGAUAUGUUAGAAGGUAUAGUAGAAGUUCAAGGUAUUCUCAGUAAUAAUAAUACCCUCCAGUGUGAAAAAAUAAAUAAUUUUCCUACACGCUUGACUGAUAAAUUUGAUUUGGUACUCUACAAUGAAGUAAUGGCAUUAGCUGAAAGAUUACCAUCACACUUUGUAAAAAAGUUGUGAAAGGAAGACAUCUUUUGAUAAAAACACUUUAUUCAAACACAUCACAAAAUAUUUUGUAAAAAUUUUGUACUUUCCUAUAAAAAAAUUAAAUUUCAACUGCUUUUUUCA